GUGAAUCAAACAGCUAUAGCUCUAGAGAUCUCAGCUUCUUCAAGGUUUUGUUUUCCUCUCUUUAGAGCCUCUCUGGUCUCUCUAGUGUUGACACAGCUCAUCCUCAUAUUCUUAGUUUGCGUAUUGUUGUGGAUCGCGGUGGCUGUAUGCUCGCUAGGCUCUGUCGCGGCGGUGAUUCAGAGCGGAUCUAGCGAUGGAUUUAGGGAACCAAGAGAUACCGAGACGGCGAUAUCGUUUCUGGAAAACGAAUCGAUAGCAUCAAAGGCUUCCAUGGUGCCUCUCACCUUGAUUCAAGGAGCUGACUCCAAAGGAGCUGUGUGCCUCUAUGGGACGCUGCCUGGUUAUCAUCUAGAUCGUGGGUUUGGUUCAGGUGCCAACAGUUGGCUUAUCCAUCUUGAGGUAUAUGUAUGUGCAUUAUUACAGCUUAUGCAACCUUGAAGGUGAAGGGAAAGCCCUAAUGAUUGCAUUAUAUCAUACAUGGUGACUUGGGUUGGAUUAUUAAUUAAACAAAUAAAUUAAACAUGGAUAAUAUAUUUUUGAAUUAUUUUAUACAUGUUUUAAAAUAUUUAUAUAAUAUAUGAAUAAAUUAUAAACAAGAAGUAUAUAAAACAAUUAUCAAAAAAUGAGUGCAGAAUUGAUACCUACUAUUUAUAAAAACAUUUUAUGAAAUACAACGGUUAGAGUAUAUUGUAAUAAAUUCAAAUAAAUGUCUAGAUUUCUAACUAGGAUACAGAUUUCCUAAUUUUGGAAUCAGAGAGAUUUCACGCUAUUUAAAACCACGUAAACAUUUGCACACACAUAAAAAAGACCACGUAAAAAAAUUAAAAGAAAAAUAGGUAUUUCCCCGUACUAUGCUGCACGAUAUUUUUUUAAAUUUUGUUUAUAUUUUUAAAAUAAAAGAAAUGAGUAUUGUAUUUAUUUUUUAUUAGCUAAAUUUAUGUAUUUAUAUGUUUUAAAUCUCAUAAAUAUUGUAUAUUUUUUUAUUUUUCAAAAUUAUAAUUUGUUAUUAAAUUUGUUUAGCUAACUAAUUAUAAAUGUAUAUGUAAAAAUAAAACAAUACAUUUUUAGUACUUUUAUGCUAAUAGUAAAUAUAAUCUAUUUUCUCCAAUAAAAUACCAUUUGAUCCUCUUUUAUAAUUAUAUAAAGCAUAAUGCCAUUUUAAAGAAAAGAUUUAUUAAUUAAUAUGAUUAUCGCGAAUUAUAAAAUUUAUUUAUUUAUCCAAUAUUUAUUAUAAAUAUUUAUUUCUAAAACUCCAAAACUAUAAUCAAAAACAUUCAUAUCAGAAUUAUUGCUAUUGCUUUAGCACUGAACAGAAAAUUCUGUUUGAAGUCUUGAAAAAAUAUUUUAGUUAAAGUUAAAUAAUUGAAUUUUGGUUAUUGUAACAUACUUUAAUCUGGAAAUUUAGCAUAGAGAAAUUUUAUCUUCUUAAAAAAUCCGAAAAAUCUCAUUUCUCGUCAAAAUAAAAAAAAAUUAUUUUCUCAUAAAACUUAGAAAUCGCAUAUUCCCGUCAAAAUCAAAAAAUUCAUCUUCCCGCAAAAACAAAAAAUGGUAUUUCCCCAUCAAAACCAAAGUAAAAUAUUUUCCGGCAAACACCGAAAAAUUGUCUAUUCCCGUCAAAACAAAAAAAAUUAUUUUCUCGUCAAACCAAGAAUCAUGUUUUCCUAUCAAAACAGAUAAAUUACAAUUUCCUACGAAAACCAAAAAUUGCAUUAUCUCCUGAGAAAUUGUGUUUUCCCGCGAAAACUAAGAAAUUGUAUUUUCCUGCGAAAUCUAAGAAAUUAUAUUUUUCCGCGAAAACCAAAAAACCACAUUAUUCGUCAAAAACUGAAAAUUUGCAUUUCUCAUCUAAACCGAAAAUUGCUUAUUCAUGCCAAAACCUAGAAAUUUUGUUUUCCAGUCAAACCGAAACAUUACAUUUUCUGCCAAAAUCAUUAAACUGUAAUUUCUCAUGAAAACUAAUAAAUCACAUUUUUGCGUAAAAACCAAGAAACCGAUCAAAAGUCGAAAUUUAUAUUUCCUAUCAAAACUGAGAAAUCACAUUUUUCGUCAAAAUUGAAAAGUUGCAUUCCGCAUCAAAACCGAAAAUCGCAUUUUCCUGUCAAAACUAAGAUAUUUUGUUUUCCCGUCAAAAUUUUUUUUUUUUAUUUUCUCACCAAAACCAAGAAUUCACGUUUUUACGCUAAACCUAAGAAUUUGUUUUUUCCGCCAUAACCGAGAAAUUAUGUUUUGCUACUAAAUCUGAAAAUCACAUUUUCCUACCAAAAUCAAGAUAUCUCCUACUCUCGGCAAAACAGAAAAAUUUUUAUUUCCGCCAAAGCCAAGAAAAUUUGUUUUCUCGUUGAAGCAUGGUUGAUGCUGAGCCUACAUUUUUUUCAAUCAUAUACGUCUCUGUCAAACAAACAGAUAGCUAGAAAUUUUUUAUUAUUAUUUAUUUGUUGUUAUUUAUUAUUUGGGUUUGAGUUUGACAAAAAAUAAUCAAAAACUCAAUUUUUUUUAUUUUUUUAUUUAUUAUUUGGACUUGAGUUUGGUAAAAAAUAAAAUAAAAAUUAAUAGAAAAAGUAUUUUGGUUUUUAAAGGGUUUAAGUUUAAAAUUUAAAAAUAAGUAGAUGAUUUGUAUUAAUAAAAUAUAUUGAUUGGUGAUUAUUUUUGCUGAGGUGUGAUAUUUAUAAAGCUUCAAAAAGAUGACGUGUCAAGCUAUGGAGAGACAUGAGUGUUAUUGUUGUGUUUUGAUUAUAUGAAAAAGAUGGAUGUGGGUCUACUUGCCUCUUUCUAAUAAACUUUUAAUUAUUCAAACAAGGAUUUUGUUUAUUCAAUAUUUACAACUACAAGAGUAAUGGAAAAAAGUCGGAUAAAUUAGUUUUUCAACAAUUCCAAUUUUAAUCAUCUAUUUUUCUUGUUCUUAUCAAUUACUAACCAUCAUUUUUUUAAAAAAAAACCCUCAUCUAUCGCAGAACCUCUCACCAUCUUCUCCAUUUAUUAAUCAAAGCUUUUGAUUCAAAACCAUCCGAUUUCGUGACCCUUACCGGUGCUUUUUCCAAUUCGGACAGAGCUUCGGUGUUAGGGAAAUGGACGGAUUUGGAUCAAACAAGAGAACACUUGCCGUUGACAAAUGGAUAGAAAUUGUUAACGGUAAGGGUUACAACGUUGGUGAAGCAACUCAGUUCCAUCCGACCCGAUCAUCGGAUUAUCAACGAUCGAUUCCACUUCCACCUGGAGGUGUUACUGCGGCGCAUACUAGUGCUCCUAUCCCUGAUCUAUGGAGAUUUACCGACCCAGAAACAAAGAGGAAGAAGAGAAUCGCAACGUAUAAGGCCUAUGCCAUGGAAGGCAAAGUUAAAUCAACGGUUAAAAAAGGAUUUUCUUGGAUCAAAAACAGGUGCUCUCUCGUUAUACAUGGAUUAUAAUUAGCCUUUUGUUUCUCCGGCAGAUCGUGCCUUUUGCUGCCACCGGCAAAUACUUUUUCUUGUGUCAAAAGGCAAAAUUAUUUAGGGCUUUUGUUUGAUUUGUUCUUGGAAACAAGACGACGUCGUUGUACAUGGAAUAUUUAGUCUAUAACGAAUCAGGUCAAACACGGCCCAGGUUUGUGGCCCAAAUAAGGCUCUUUAUUUCUUAUUUGAGCCCCAAAUAAUACUUUUAUUGGUCUAACUCAAUUAAGUGACUUUCGAUUUGUAUUAAUCGGUAAGGCCCAUUAGUAG